AGAGAGGGGAGGAGGAAAGCGAGGAUUGAGAGAAGCAAGAGCGUGGCUCCGAUCCCAGGAUCCCAGUUAACCUGCUAGAGCUCAUCACAGCCCUGCACCAACUCACCCGGUACCCUCUCUCCUCCGUUCGCCUUCUUUCCCCUUUUCGCCUCCUCUGUCUGCAUCCUCCACCUGCCCCCGACUUUUGCAUCCGACCAGAGGACGAAUGCGGGAGACGUUCCCGCAAAUUGGGGCAGCAACUUUCCUCGGCUGGUCUCUGGGCUCCGGGAAGAGGAGCGCGCUGAUCCUCCGCGGUCUGUGGCCGAUGGAGGAGGAGGAGGAGGAGCGGUGAUGGGCUAGCGACAGAAGCGAGGAGCCCCGAGCGAGCUCAGCCUUGCCAGCCAGCUCCGCGUUCCCACGCGGGUUUCCUCGAUCUCGCUCUGGGGACAGCGUGCGGAGUGCGGACCCGGAGCAUCCAGGGAGGAUGAGGUGGGGACCUGGCCCAAGGGGGGUGCAACUUGCGGGCGUGCGGCAACGGCUGUGUCUCGGCAUGAAUUAAGAAGCUAGGAAGAUGGAGCGCGGCACACUCGUCGCCCAGCCUGGGCUCUGGACCAGGGACACCAGCUGGACACUCCUCUAUUUCCUCUGCUACGUCCUCCCCCAGAGCGCCCCGCAAGUACUUAGGAUCGGAGGGAUUUUUGAAACUGUGGAAAAUGAACCUGUUAAUGUCGAAGAAUUAGCAUUCAAGUUUGCAGUCACCAGCAUUAACAGAAACCGAACCCUGAUGCCUAACACCACAUUAACCUAUGACAUCCAGAGAAUUAACCUUUUUGAUAGUUUUGAAGCCUCACGGAGAGCAUGUGACCAGCUGGCUCUAGGUGUGGCUGCUCUCUUCGGCCCGUCCCACAGCUCCUCCGUCAGUGCUGUGCAGUCCAUCUGCAAUGCUCUUGAAGUUCCGCACAUACAGACCCGCUGGAAACACCCCUCGGUGGACAACAAAGACUUAUUUUACAUCAACCUCUACCCAGAUUACACAGCUAUCAGCAGGGCGAUCCUGGACCUGGUCCUCUAUUACAACUGGAAGACAGUGACCGUGGUGUAUGAAGACAGCACAGGUCUAAUUCGUCUGCAAGAGCUCAUCAAAGCUCCCUCCAGAUAUAACAUUAAAAUCAAAAUCCGCCAGCUGCCCUCUGGGAAUAAAGAUGCCAAGCCUUUACUCAAGGAGAUGAAGAAGGGCAAGGAGUUCUAUGUGAUAUUUGAUUGUUCACAUGAAACAGCCGCUGAAAUCCUUAAGCAGAUUCUGUUCAUGGGCAUGAUGACUGAGUAUUAUCACUACUUUUUCACAACCCUGGACUUAUUUGCUUUAGAUCUGGAACUCUAUAGGUACAGCGGCGUAAACAUGACUGGGUUCCGGCUGCUUAACAUCGACAACCCUCACGUGUCCUCCAUCAUUGAGAAGUGGUCCAUGGAGAGGCUGCAGGCCCCGCCCAGGCCCGAGACUGGCCUCUUGGAUGGCAUGAUGACAACUGAAGCAGCUUUGAUGUACGACGCUGUGUACAUGGUGGCCAUCGCCUCCCACCGGGCAUCCCAACUGACCGUCAGCUCCCUACAGUGCCAUCGACACAAGCCAUGGCGCCUUGGACCCAGAUUUAUGAACCUGAUCAAAGAGGCUCGGUGGGAUGGCUUGACUGGGCGUAUCACCUUCAAUAAAACCAAUGGCUUGCGGAAGGAUUUUGAUCUGGACAUUAUUAGUCUCAAGGAAGAAGGAACUGAAAAGGCUGCUGGCGAAGUGUCUAAACACUUGUAUAAAGUGUGGAAGAAGAUUGGGAUUUGGAAUUCCAACAGUGGGCUUAACAUGACAGACGGCAACAAAGACAGGUCCAACAAUAUCACCGAUUCACUGGCCAACCGAACACUCAUUGUCACCACCAUUCUGGAAGAGCCCUAUGUGAUGUACAGGAAAUCGGAUAAGCCCCUGUAUGGAAAUGACAGAUUUGAAGGAUAUUGCCUGGAUCUGUUGAAAGAACUGUCAAACAUCCUGGGUUUUAUUUAUGAUGUUAAACUAGUCCCUGAUGGCAAAUAUGGAGCCCAAAAUGACAAAGGAGAGUGGAAUGGGAUGGUUAAAGAACUCAUUGAUCAUAAAGCUGACUUGGCAGUGGCUCCUCUAACCAUCACCUACGUGCGGGAGAAAGUCAUCGACUUCUCCAAACCAUUCAUGACCCUGGGCAUCAGCAUUCUCUACCGGAAACCCAAUGGUACCAACCCAGGCGUCUUCUCCUUCCUCAACCCCCUGUCUCCAGAUAUUUGGAUGUAUGUGCUCUUAGCCUGCUUGGGAGUCAGUUGUGUACUCUUUGUGAUCGCAAGGUUUACACCCUAUGAGUGGUAUAACCCCCACCCGUGCAACCCUGACUCAGAUGUGGUGGAAAACAAUUUUACUUUACUAAACAGUUUCUGGUUUGGAGUUGGAGCUCUCAUGCAGCAAGGAUCAGAGCUGAUGCCCAAAGCUCUAUCGACCAGAAUAGUUGGAGGGAUAUGGUGGUUUUUCACCCUAAUCAUCAUUUCAUCCUACACUGCCAAUCUGGCUGCCUUUUUGACAGUAGAGAGAAUGGAAUCCCCCAUAGAUUCAGCAGAUGAUCUGGCAAAGCAAACCAAGAUAGAAUAUGGGGCAGUCAGAGAUGGAUCAACGAUGACCUUCUUCAAGAAAUCAAAGAUAUCCACCUACGAGAAGAUGUGGGCUUUCAUGAGUAGCAGGCAGCAGACUGCACUGAUAAAAAACAGUGACGAGGGCAUCCAACGGGUGCUCACCACCGACUAUGCCCUGCUGAUGGAGUCCACCAGCAUUGAGUAUGUGACGCAGAGAAACUGCAACCUCACUCAGAUUGGGGGCCUCAUUGACUCCAAAGGUUAUGGAGUGGGAACGCCAAUUGGCUCUCCUUACCGGGAUAAAAUUACGAUUGCUAUUCUUCAACUGCAAGAAGAAGGCAAGUUGCACAUGAUGAAAGAGAAGUGGUGGCGUGGGAAUGGCUGCCCUGAGGAAGACAACAAAGAGGCCAGUGCUCUGGGAGUAGAAAAUAUUGGGGGCAUCUUCAUUGUUCUGGCUGCUGGACUGGUCCUUUCUGUAUUUGUAGCUAUUGGAGAAUUUAUAUACAAAUCACGGAAGAACAAUGAUAUUGAACAGGCAUUUUGUUUCUUUUAUGGACUGCAGUGUAAGCAAACCCAUCCAACCAACUCCACUUCUGGAACUACUUUAUCUACGGAUUUAGAAUGUGGCAAAUUAAUUCGCGAGGAGAGAGGGAUUCGGACACAGUCCUCAGUUCAUACUGUGUAAUCAGUUUUUUUUUAAAAAAAAGUGUGCCCAGUAGAAACUGUUUCUGCUAAUUGAUAUUGUUGAUGAUAUCUAUAUCCUCUAAGCAUUAAUUGCCAUAAUUCCCUAUUCCUUUAGAAUAUCAAAAUGUACAUACUCUAGACAUUGACUUCAAUGAUCUAGAAAAGGAUGAGCACUGUUUGUUGAAGCAGGGCAUUUAGGGGCAUAUAGACUCCAUAUAUGUGUAUUUAUAGAAAUCUUCUCUGGCCCAAAUAGUCAUCUUUGUUAUAUCUUCAUGCAUUAAAAAUAAGUAACUCUUUCCUCUUGAAAAAGGAGAUUCAGACUUCCAGCAGUGAAAAGCAUGACAACAAAAUGCUAAUUUCAUAGGCUUCUUUUCAUCCCGGUGAACUUUUCCCCCUCCUCUUUCUUUCUCCCUGUCUCAUACGUUGUGUAGGUUUAGACAUUUUCAUUCUACCUGAAACCCUUAUGUUUUCAGUAAGUACAUAAUAACUCCAUAACAAUGUUAAUUUUAAUUCAAAUUGAUUCUACUACAGAAAAUGUAUUAUUUGCACAAAGACUCAAAGGUACCCUAGAUUUUAAAGAUUCAAAAACUAUGAUCCAGAGAAAGAAAACUAAACUUGCAAUCUCUGGUGUCACAGGAAAGCAUUAGCUAGGUUGAACAUCACUCAUGGACACAGAACACAAUCAAGAAUGAUUCUUGGGCAGAAAUGCAUUAACAUCAAACUCCCAGGUAACAUUUACUUCGAGAAUUUAACAAUCCUCUGUAGGUUUAGAGUCUCUAAAUACUAUGAUUUUUUUCAAGCCAUAUUUCUUUGAAGAUCCAGGCAAAGUCCUAACCUAUGAAUUAAUUUUUAGCAUUUUCUAUGUAGCACUCAUUCCCCCACUGUCAUUGCGUUGAUGAACAUCUUUCCAUGAGAUGUUAUUGCAUUUCCUUCCCACUCACCCAGGAUAGAGUGGUUGGUCUUAGAGCAAUCUUUUCUCAACAUUGCCACAUUCACACUCAUUUCUCCGGGCCCAUCACCAUUAUUAAUUUCAUUCUAAGUAUGUUGGGGAGAAGAGCAAGAAGAAAAAAAAAAUAAAGAAUUUCCAUACUUACUAGUUACAGAUCUCUGUAGAUUUAUUUUCCACCUGCUUUCAAAGUGCUGUAAAUAAUUCCCUCUCUAACUCAACUUGGUGACAUAGAAAGCCAUCGGCAUACUUAAUUUGUUGUGCCAGAGAAUAUCUGCUGGUUCCUCUGGGCCUGUUUCCCCUUCACAGUGAAUAGGGGAAUUGAGGAUGCAUUUUAUCUUCCCUCAAUAUGGGAUCAGUUAGUCUUUGUUCUCCUUAAGGAGAUUACCUUUUGACAUAUCAAGUGAUCCCCUAAAACACAUUUCCUCAGGAGUACAGAUAUGCCAUCCGUGUAGUCAUGUAGUACUCUGGCUUCUCUCUUCUUAGCUUUAAAUGGGCCCCAGUUUUUAAUCACAAGUCUCUUCAAUCAACUCUAUAUUUCACCAAUAAAGUGUGUUUAGGAAAGUUGACUCUUGCCCUGAUUGUUUCUCAGCCUUGCUUCCUUAUUUAAAUAAAUGUACUCUUAAGAGAAUAUCUAUAAAUUGCACUAACAACUUUUACUGUUAUUAAGAUAGAAGCAACAUGCUAUUUGUCCCAGGUCAGAGGUAACAUAUCAGAUGUCAGGAUAAAUAUCACAUUAUUCUUAGUUUCAUAUUUCCUUGAUUUGCUACGUAGAAACUACAAAUUAUAUAAGUUUACUUUCCCAGAGACUGUUUAAUAAAACAAAAGUGCUACCAAAAAGUUCAAGGGUAACUGAUGAAAUAUAGACAAUCCGGGUUAACAGAAACUAACAAAACUUGCCUUUCUACAGAGAUCAUCCUUUCAAAGUAUAAUUCAGAGAUUUGGAUAAAGAAAUGAUCCCCUUCUAAAAUUAAUAUUCAUAUACUACUUUAGACUGUAUACUACCCUAAAUCUGAUAUUUAUAUACUAUUUUAUAAUUUUCAAAAUGUUUUCACUUACAGCAAAAUGUUUUCACAUUACAUUUGAUCUUUUCAACACUUCUACUAUAUAUCCUUACUAUCAGAGAAGUAGAUAUCAGAUUCAGUUGCCUGGAGUCAUAGAUUUUAGAAUUAAAAGAGAAUUUUCUAAAUCAACUAAACUUAGGUUCAAUUUCUAGUAGAGCCACAUGCUGAAUGACUAUAGGCAAGUUACCAAAUUUCUAAGAGUCUUGGUUUCUUAAUAUGUAAUACUGGGACAAAAUGUCUAGAACAUAAAGUUUUGAAGGAGUGUUUUUCAAAAUGGGUUCCAUUGGCAAGUGUUCCUCAAAUAAGAUUUUCAUGGUUAAAUAACACAUGGAGUGUCACACUACAAGUUCCUUUAGUACAGUAUAUUUCAGUGAGUUUAAUAUGUUGUCUUGCAUUGAGAAUUUUCAACAAGGUGAAAAAGUAUUCAGCAUUUCCCAAACCUAUUCGAUCACAGAAUUUUUUUUCCCCAAAGCAUCUUGACAUAUCAGUUUUCAUAGAUCAUACUCUAGGGAACACUAGUAUAGCAAUAUGUAUCUCAUUCCAAGAUAAUGUGCAAAAUAUCUUUCCUUGUAUCUGGCAAUAGUGGCCACUCAAUAAACAAUUACUUAUGAGUUAGAGUAAAUGUAUGAGCCUCAAUUUCCCAUUUGUAAAAUUAAGAUAAUAUUAUUGACUUUAUACAUUUAUUUUUGAUAAUUAAAUAAAAUCAUGGCAUAGAAAAUGAAAUUACUUGUAACGAUCCUGUUAAUAAAUAGCAGUUAACAAAUGUUGGUUCCUUCAGAACCAACUAAGAAUUACUAUCUGAUAUUACUCUGAAUUACAACUCUGAAUUACUAUCUGAGAAACUAAGUAUUACUAUCUGAUCACAUGGACAGUACCAAGCAUCUUAAACAGAGCCUGGUUUAGAAAACAUAUUUUCUAAUUUAGAAGCUGAAACUCUGUCUCUAAGACUAAUUUUUCUUGCAUAAGCAUUACAGAUCAAUAGUAAAGGUCAAUGCACAUGAGAGAAGGACCCCCUAAACUGGCAAUACAUGAGCAUCUAUUGUGAAAGUCAUGAAUCUCAUCUCUAGAAAUUCUAAUUUAAUUAAUACGGAGUUGGGGCAUCACAAUAAUAGUUUAUUCAGAUGCUCAGUUGAUUCUAAUGUGCAGGAAGGGCUAAGAACCAUAAGCUAAAGCAUAAAUUUACAUAUAUAGAUGGAACUCAAUAAAUUGUUGUUGUUUAUUAAUUGAUUGAUUCCAGAGAUAGAGACACUAGUUCCAAGCAAUAUAUAAAACCCAUAUUUAGCACUCAAUAUUCAAUAGACCCUUUCUACUGAGAAUUCACAAAGCAACCACACAUCUUUGAGACAUAAAUUUCAUGGUAUUAAAUUGAUAAUCUUCAUGUUUAGUUGUAAAACAUAGAACUAGCACUACUCAGAAUUACCACGUCAACAGUUCAUUGCUCUCUCUCUCUGCCGUUCCUUUUCCUAGAGAAACUCCAUUCAUUUCAGGAACGUAAGUUCCUUACACGCUCCUCUUUCUCAGUUUAUACUGACUUUCAGACAACCAGUUCUUGCCAUAAAUGAAUACUAAGGCCACCAUGACCCCACCAGGGAGAAAGGCAUUUCAAGUGAAAUUCAAAAUGAAAAUGUGAACUUGAAAGAAAAACUUUCAAACUGUGUUUACAUCACUAGUUCUCAGACACAUCGAUGUAAAUCAUAAUCACUUGGGAAACUUACUUAAACUACAGUUUACAGGCUCUACUUCCAGACGUGGUUCCUCAGUAGGAAAAGUCCAGGAAUCUAUAUUUUUAAUAAAGCUUGAAAGUGAAUGCUUAAAACUUGUUAUACAUAUUAGUUGUCAUAAAAAUUAGUUUGAAUACAGGAGUUUUCUCCAAAACUAGGUCAUAUAUAUGAAUCUUCCUUAAACGUAUUAAUAUUUCUAAUCUGAGAGGUUUUUUUUAAUAACUUUUUUCACAUGUGGUUUUUUCCAACAAUCCUAAAUAUAGUUGCUUCACUUAAAAGUAAUUGGUAAACAUGAGUUUUCAUUAAAACAAGCUUGAAUAUAGCAGUUUUGCUAGUUUUACUUCAAAUCAGCUGGUUGAACAUGAGUUUUUAUUAAAUGAUAGCAGGUUAUCUGUGGAUUAUGCUUUGAGAAAUAAUGUUUAAGAUUAGGAGAAAUCAGGGAGGUAUUAAAAGAUUAAAGUGCAUCACAUAAUAUUGUCUAAUUUGUCUCCUAAUAUGUCUGUCUAACCUAAUGCAAUAAGGGUGAAAAAAGGCCUUAUUUUAUUUUGCUUUAGGCUAAAAUUAUAAAUUGAAUCAUUUUAGAGUUUCUCCAGAAAAAUGGGAACUACCUAAGGAAUGUUUGGUGGGUAGGGAUCUUGCCAUUAGGAAAAUCAGUUGGAUCAUAUAAUGAUAAACCUACCCUAGGAAAAUUAUUUCCAAAUACCUCACUGCAUUUGACUAGCAUUAUGUUAGGUUCUAUCUGAACCAUCUGCAGCAAUGCAAGACUACAAUGAAUCCCAAUUAGUUUCCAAGCACAUGACCCUUAUCGUGCAAGGUCUAUUUCCUAGUAAGCAAUUUAAAAGUAGUCCGAACAGCCUUUAAAGGCAAAAGAAAAGUGAAACAUUCUUACUUAUUGUACUAUUUUCUGCACAUCUAACUGUGCCAAAUGGCAUUAUUAAUUAACUCUUACAGAUAAUGAAAAAUUUCUGCUUGAUGCUGCAGUUUUAACUUGCCUUUAGGAACCAUCUCAUUAUGCUUCUCACAGUUAGGAAAUUCUAUGUCCAGAUGCACAAGCAUAUUAAAAUCAUUUUUGCUUUCAAAAUCCUCUCCACAGAGACUGAUAUUGUGGAGAAUGGGAGUCUUUAAAUUUUUGAAGAAUUUCUAUUUGCAAAGAUAGGGUCAUUCUUGUGCUAGAAAGUCAACAUCGCAAAUGUGGUUUCACACCCUGCAGAAUUUAAGUGUUGGUGUUUUCAGAUCAAAGGCCAUUAGCCAAUGGCCUAAACUACACAGCAAUGUGACUUCAUGUCACAAUAUACACAUCUAGAUAGACACAAAUAAUGAGAAAGACCUAAAGGAUGGCAUGAAGUUACUGUAUUUCUCCCUGGCGAUUAAAAAUUUUUAAUUCAACUUGACCAGGAUUGUCUUUCUGCCCAAUUUUUCAACAGAAUGGCAUGUUUAGAAUUAAAAUAUUCAAAUAUUCUUUUUUCCACUUCAAGCAAGAAGUCUGCCCUGAUCACUUAGUCUUUACCAACCGUAAGGACUAAGAAACAACUCUCCGUAGAUAACCCACUCAAACUUGGUAUUCAUCUUUCCUCGAUGUCUCUUGGCACAUUUUCAGAUGCUUCCAAGUAUCUUCAGCUGUAUUUCUUCUACAGUCUCAUCACCUUAUUUAGCAAGUGAUUUGCAGAAGUCUCUUUAAUCAAGUUAUUUUUGUAAUUGUGCAAAGAGGCUUUCGUUUGCCUAGAAACUAAACAUUCAUUAAUUAUCAGAGAAGCCAGGAAGCAAUUAACAUCCAUUUGGAAAUAACUUUUCUGGUGCACAAGUUAACAUUGUUUUAUAAAUCAAACAAACUCUGAAAGAGAUAUGUGGCCCAAAAGACAGGUGACUUGGAAACCACAAGCCAAGAAUGCAGGUCUCCAUACUGCUGCUAAAUGGCUAUGUAUCUUUGGGCAAGUCAUUUCCUUCCCCCAACCUCAGUUUCCUAAUCUGUGGAAAGAGGAGAUAAAAUCUGAAGUUCUCUUCCAAUCAUGGUAUAUUUUAAAAAAUCUAUUAGAAAAGUGGGAAGGAAAAAUAAAAAUACAGAAGCAGUGAUAAAAUGUUUUUGUUGUUGAUAUAUUUUUUAAUAUGGUUUUGUAUCUGUCUUGAACGCAUUAAAUUCUUAUUGCAGCAAGAAUCACUUUGCCCAGCCAGUACUUCAAGGUAGAAAAGUCUGCCCUGGAUAUAAAGAAAAUGGCCCAACUCCCUUCACAGCACCAAGAAGCAAGAGGUUUCCCAUCCAAUCAUUCAUAAGCAAAUCAUUACAAACUCAGUGAAGGUUACUGAAGUAGAAUUGUUCUUGAUUUUGAUGAGCCUACAGACUAGGCAAUAAAAAAAUAAAAUGAGGUAUGUUCCUGGGAAGCUAUUCAGAGCUGUAGAACUGAUUACAUACUCAUAAUUCAAGAAAGGGGAAGAUAAAUGGUGUUGGAUGCUUCCUAUUCUGUAAGUGGAACUUAGUAUUUCUUCUAAAGAGAGACAAGGAAAAACAAAGGAAAAUAACAGCGUGUGUUUGUUUUUCAUUGUUUUUAUCCCUACCCUUCUUCCCACCAUCAAGCAUCAGGGUUUUUAUACAAAUUGCUCCCAAGCUAGAGAUAAGUCAACCUUUUAGCUUUUGAGUUGUAAGUAGUCUUUGCAAAUUUGUAGCACAGAAAAAAAAAUCUUGAAAACCAUAGCUUUCAAUUGUUAGAUCCAGAUGUUUUAUUGAAUAAAUUAGUUGUUUGAGUUUAAAAAAAGUUUAUCUACAAUUAGCAAGAGCCAAACCCAGAAGGCUAAGGUUGGUGACACACAUAUGAUUAUGUUUCCCUACCUCAUUUUCCUACCCCAGACUGGAUUUUGACCACUAGGAAAGGGAGAAUUGGAGGGAUGUCACAAAGACCUGGAUACUACCAGAAUCUCUGACAGGAGGCCAUCACUCAGCCAGUGAGCAUCCCUGGGCCAAGUCCAAACUUGGGGGGACAGGAAAAUAGAAACCCCAGAAAAGUUCAAAGGGAAUUCUGAACAGAAUAUGCCAUUGUCACCUUCUCUGGUUAUAGCCCAGUAGGUGGUAAAAUGUAUGUAGAGAUAUUUUACAGCUAACUGUCUCCUGAACGGCAGAAUAGCAGCAUCUUGGGCAGUGAGACCAUGGAAUGCUUUAUAGAGUCUUCCUCAAUCCCAGAGAAUGCCUGGGAAAACACCCCAAAAUCCAUGGCUCUUCCCACCCAAGAGCCCUGGGCUGAGAGAACCCGUGGACUAGAAGCCUUGAGGUUGGAGCAGAAAAAGCACAGAGUAUUCAGACCUGACACACCAUGGUGGAGUCACAGCGGAGACAGAAACCAGUGUCCAUGACCUAGUAGGAUGUCACACCCCAGGGAAGCCAAAAUGACAGAAGGUGGCCAUGGACCAGCUGCUCCCUGGCCUCUAGACACCUCUCCCAAUCCUAUAUGAUUCAAGUACAGGCCUUAGAAAGAAGAGAAGGAGAAGGGAGGUGGGGAGAGGACUGCAUUAACUGAGCCAUUAACCAAAAAGAAGUAUUUUUAAACUAAAACUGAAUUACCUUGAGUUGACUAGAUCCACUAGCUGAUGGGGAACCUCUAAGAGGUGAGUUCUGUUGUUUUAAAGGGAAUAAUAAUAAUUUCAGAAAUUUUUUUGUACAUCCAAGUUCAUAGCUUAAGAAAAAUGCAUACUCACUGCAGUAUACAUAAGCUCGUACCCCAAAGACUCUACAUAUAGUGCACACAGGAACUGUGGACAACUAACCACACUACAUCAGGGGCAAUUUAGCUCAAGGGCAGGGCCAUCCCCUAUAGGAGAAGAAGCAUACAAAGAAUUUCUUGGAAGUUUACUUUUAUGAAUCUAACUCAGCCUCUGACAUGUUAAAAGAAACAAGCCUUCUUUAUGAGGCGAAGGAAAGCCAAUCUCUACAGAAUUAUCUCAGGCCUUCAGUAUAAGAAGCCAGAGAGAAGGCAGAGCGCCAGGGACCGAAGCCACACGGCCUCUGACAGUGACUCCAGGAAGGAGAAAACUCACCGUGUGUGGUUUGGAUUGAAUGCAAACACACUUUCUGCCACUUUCAGCAAGGAGAGCUGCUUACUUAAGAUAUAGGAGACCCACCUGACGAUUAUCCUCACUGCAGAAACAUCUCUCUGCUCUCCGGUCACAAGGCUUAAAUGGACCAACUUUCAUUCUCUUUAUACCAUCAUCCAUUUGUGUGUCCUUUCUGGGGCAGGGAAAAGUUUCAGCUGUUCUUGAGCACCCUUAGGGGAUAUGGGAGAUUCAUAAGGUGGUCUCAGGCUGUUUUGAAAGUAGCUUCUGCUGACAUUUCUCCACUCCAGUGACUGCCUUCUCUGAGAGCCUGAGACAGAGAACAGGGAGCAAGUCUCUUGCAGCUUGAAAGACUGCCGUGUCUUCUAUACAGCCACAGAAGUCCAUUUAAGAGCUCAAAGCUACAAAUUUGACUCUUGUUUUUUUUCCUAUAUCAUCCUUACUGUGAGGGUAAUGCAUAUAAAAAGCUCUUGCUACAACUUGAAAACUGAGAAAAAGGAUUGGGAUUCAGGUGAAUUGAAAGAAAACACAUGGAUUAAUAUCAACAUAUUACAUUGCCUCAGUGUUAACACCACUUCUCAAAAUUCUCCAUGAAAUUAUCUCCAAUGUUAAAGGAGACAUAACUGUCACACCCCUACCUUCCAGGAGUUUGCACUGCAUAGCCUUGGGCAGCCACCCCGUGUGCAAAAUUUCUUUAAGAAUCAUUUAAAAAUAAAUAAAAAUUCAUAUGGCUGUGUAUGCCAUUUUGCAAUAUAUUUAUAUUUACUUCGAUGGUAAGUUUUCUAAAUGAAAUCUUUACAUAAGGAAGAAUACCAGAAAGAAGAUCCCCAUGAUUCCAAUAACCUUGUGUCCCUUAUAAGUAUAUUUUUGUGGUUUAAGGAGCUCAGAUAGGUGAAUAAGGAAUUCUAGGGCAUGCAUUCCUGCAAACAGAGAACCUUAAAUUUAGGAUCUGAGAAGGCAAAGAUGUUGGCACCAGGUCCCAGGUAUGGGAGCAAAGAUGAAAUAGGGGAGAACAGAGGACAUAGAGGAAGCAAAAACAUGACACUAAAGGAGCUAGAAAAAGUGAGUUUGUGGAGUCUCCUUGCUAUAGCCAAAGAAAGGGAAGACAGGGGCUUUGAGGAGUUAUUACCUAUAGGGGCCCAGUUAAAAGCAUUUAAAGUGCAGGGAAAUGGGCUGGGCAAGUAGUGGCUGCUGGGUCACUGGUGAGGAUUAGGGUGGGUGACCACACUUUGAAGUUUUAUUUCAUUUUUCCCUUUUCUUGGAACUCAGUUUUAAACCUAGAUGAAGUUUUAUUUCAGUGUCUAGAUUUCCUUCACCCCAAUAUUCUUGGCACAGAUCCAGGAGAUAAAGACUCAGCUUCCUCAUUAGUUCUCUGGCACAAAUCAACAUAACUCCUAUUCUGGAAGCUAAUAUAGUGAUCGACACUCAACCUCCCUGAUCCGUGUUUUAACAGUUCCAAGGAUGAGUGCAUGAGAGAUGGCCCAGGGAUUCCAAAUGAGCCCAGAAAAACAGAUCAAACCAUAGGAAAUGAUACCCAAAUCCUCAUUCCUGGUAUAUAAGAACUUCCCCAAAGAUGGUACACACACAGCUGCUCCAAGAAUAUCCCUCUACCUAUCUUCACAUUAUUAACGGGGAAUGAUUGAAGUCUGGACUCUGCUCUUAGGGCAUCAAUUCUCCUGUGAAAAAUUGAAACCUGUGGACAGAUAAAUGACCAGACUUUCCAAGUCUCUAUGUAGCAAACCACUGAAUAGUAUACCCUGUCCCUAUUCCUUAAAAUACUUCCUGACUCUAAUCCCCAAAACAUCCUAGGUUUGCUCCUAUGCUAGACUUCAAAGUCAAAACAAGUUAAGGAUGUGAGUGCUUAGUCUUUCUUUAAAAAAAAAAAUUUGUUGAGACAGUGACUCCAUGGAACUAUGACAGGGGUCUGAUCAAUCCAAAGAAAUAAUAACAGUAAUAAUAAUUUCAUUAUUUCUCAGGAACCUAUGUCCUUAAUAUUCUAUAUUUUAUUGAAAAUGAUAUUUACAAAAAGACUUCAAAUCAUAGUUUGUGUUCAAGUUAUAGCAAGUCUUUACAUAAAAUGAAAGGUUUUACAUCUAUAAAAUGACAAUAGUAUUACCUACAUCCUUUUCUUCCAUGUGUAAUAUAAACAUUUAUUAGACAAUGUCACAGAGCUCUUCAAGUAUCUUUGAAUAAGGGGCUUAUUGAAAGGGAGAAACCUAUACAAAAUAUAAAAUUUGUAUUAUAUUAUUGGCUAGUCCAGAGCUUCUGAAAAAUAGCUCGUCAGAAAAUUCCUUAAAGGUAUGAGCAUCUAAAGUGGGUCUCUUAAAUGUUCACCCAAACCUAACAAUUAAUAAAAAACUUGAAGUAUAAAUGCUAAAUCUGCAAGGAGAAAUCAAUCUGACAUUCACAGUCUGAUGCCAACUUUUCAACCAGCAUGAAAGUCAAUUCCAGACAGCCUAGGUUUUUUAAUACUGUAAACUCAAAUAAAAUUCUAGCAUAGAGCUUUUCCUAUAACUUAAAAAAAAAUAAAUAAAUGUUGUUCUCUUCCCCUGGACCAUUUUUCCUGAGGCAGUGUAUUUUAGACACAAAACAAAAAGAACUGUAUUAGUCCCUCCCACCCUUUCCACGACAACAUUUGCAACAAAGGAAGGAUAAAGGUGUAAAGAGAAGAUAUAAUUUCUAUUCAGGCUCACACUAGCACCAAGAAAUCAAAUAUUUGGGGUUCAUUCAAAGGAGGCACUAUGCGGUCAACAAUUUACAAUCAAGAAACAAACCAAAGGGGAAAGAAAAGGAAAGCAAAAGAAGACAGGAGAAGGGAAGGAAAGUGUGGCGGACUUUUCUUUCUGAUGGACCCACCGCCGGCACUCAAGAAUCAGAGAAGCAGAAUGACUUUCUGCAAAACCGAAACAAGCAAAUCCUCCUUCUAAAACCAGGCAAGCUACAGUUCUAGUUGAAGAUUAAUGUCGGUUUCUCAGUUUCCUUUCCUCUAAAAAAGAGGACACACCCACACGUGCACACCAACACACCCCACGUUAUGUUUGGAUAGAGCCAGGAGCUGCAUAAAUGGCAAUAACAUUCUUUAUUACUAUAAAUUUAUCUGUAAGUAAAUUUUCCUCUCAGACUUAGCAUCACAGGGAUUCAUCAUAAAGGAGUUUAUAAGUGCAGAGAUGUUAUUUUUUUUUUUUAAUGGCAAGUGACUGCUGUUAGUUUUCAUUUCCUUCUGAUGUUUGACUACCAGGUAACCUUCAUAGAGCACAACACAAGCUGUCAUACUGCCUGUUACUACAUAAACAUGGAAACAUGUUAUGGACUGGACAAAACAAGUACUAAAAAGCCCUGAAAAUUUGUUUUAAGCAUGCAUAGGAUCUAUUUUAAUUAAAACACUAGUAUAAACAACUCAAAGGAAUUGCUGCAUAGAGGGACAUACGAUGGCUCACAAUAAAGAAGCAUCACCUUUUUCAUUUUAUCUCCCCCAUCAUCAACAGCAACAAAGUCAGUGAGUGCCAUAGAGUUAAAUUAUUUUCACUGCAGUGUAGAAAAUUUUAUUUUAAAGAAAGAGCAUACUGACAAAGUGCCAGGCAUUAGACUAAGUGUUUCACAUAUACCAGCUCAUUGAAUUCUCAUAAUAGUAAUAUGAAAAAGGAUUCCAUUAUUGUCCCAUUUGUUAGGUAAGAAAACUGAGUCAAAGAGAAAAUAAACACCUUGCCUACUGUACCCCAGGUACUAAGCAACAUGCCUGAAAUUAAAACUCUAGCAUUCUGAUGCCAAGUCAAUUCAUCCAAAUUCAAUUUGAAUGAAUUCCAAACUAUAAUUAAUGGCCUCAUGUAGUUCCUUUAAAAAUGUGAACUCCAUCCACCAGCUAUAAAUAGGAGGGCUUAGAAUCCAAGCUAGUAGGGAAAUUUCCAGUCUAUAAAGCACCAGAGGAUACUACUGGGAUAUCCUGCCUCUAGUUGCAUUGCCUCUGGAGUAAGACAGCUAACUGAAUGGCAUUAUUUUUGAUACUUUCUGAUGAUAUUACAGUUUAGGAAUUUAAAUUUUCAUGCUUUAAAAUAAAGUUUCCAUGGCUCUAUGAAUACCAAAAGAACCAAGCCUAGAAACAGAUGCUUUAGAAAACUACUGUCAUAUUGAUAGCAAUUCAGAAGCUCAAUCUUUAUAUAGUCAUAUUAUAUGUAUCUUUAAUUCUGAGAUUAUAAAAGGCAAAUUAAUGAAUGAAUAUGAGCCCCUCCCAUGCCACUCUGUGCUGAGAUGACCUUCACAGUUUCAUUUCCCAUGGAUAUGGUUAGCUUCAGCUAGUGGCAGGUAGGGGCCUUAAAGGUCAUCUUUCCUUGUGACUACAGCAAAAACUUGGAAGCAGAAAGGUCAGCCCCAAUAUCUUGCCAUUUUCUUUUUGACAGUCAGAGGCUUAAGUGAGAAUCAAAAAGAAAUCAUUGUGACCAAA